AAAAGCGGGAAAUAUAUAUUUAUAUUGAGAGAAGAAAAAACCUAGACAACGCACAGUAAAUCUGUAAUUCUAUUCCCUCCUCUUGCAGAGCUUCACCGGGGAGAGAGAGAGAUGGGGGUUUCGAAAGAGCAGGUUGAAUCGUCGCUUACGGCUAAGCUCACUCCUACUCACCUCGAAGUGAUCGACACAUCUGGAGGAUGUGGUGCAAGCUUCAAGGUUGAGAUUGUUUCGGCCGAAUUUGAAGGCAAAAGAUUGCUGGAGAGGCACCGAAUUGUUAACGCUGCACUGGCAGAAGAGAUGAAAGAAAUCCAUGCUCUCUCCAUAACUAAAGCGCUCACUCCAGAACAGUGGAAACAACAGCAAGAUGCAGCUGAGAAGCCUCAAGCAGCCACAUAAGUCAAUUCCUUAUACAUGUUAAAAUAUGCUGUUUCCAUAUGAUGUUUGAAUAAGAAAAAAAACAUCUAGAAUGGUUCAACUUGUAUUAUUAUUAAUGUUUUAUGAUUAUGGAUCUGAGUAAAAGUAGUAAACUAAGGCUGCGCAGGCCAGCCAGCUUAUUAUAAGCUUAACUUCUUUAUGCUUAUAUUAUUAUUAUUAUUAUUAUUCCUUUAA